AAGCCCACUGUCAGUUUCAAGCCAACUACCAAACUUGGAGGCUUCAAAUUCGCACAGUUAUCGAUGGUAAGAUGAGUGCGCGGUGUAGCAAGAAAACGAGAACUCAUCACACUGACUCUGAAAGAAAUCGGUAAUGAAGCAAGCAUUGCAACAAUGCAAGGAGGAUCAACUGGCAUUGGUUAUGGUCUCAAAUACCAGGCUAGAUGCAUUGUAGAUGUCAAAGCAGAUACAGAUCACACCAGUUUCAUCGCUGGCACUCUCAGCCUCAAAGAAGAAAACGAGGUGCAUUUGAUUAGGCUUUCAUCGGACGGAACUGAACUUGUGUGCGAGGGUUUGUUUUCGCAUCCGAACGAGAUCUGGGACCUCUCUUCUUGCCCCUUUGAUCGACGUAUUUUAUCCACUGUUUUCUCCUCCUCCGGUGAAUCGUAUGGAGCAGCAAUAUGGCAGAUCCCUGAGCUGUAUGGCCAGUUAAAUUCUUCGCAGUUGGAAUGUAUUUGCUCCUUAGAUGCCCAUAAUUCUAAGAUCAAAUGCACACUGUGGUGGCCAUCUGGAAGGCAUGACAAGUUGAUCAGUAUUGAUGAGCAAAAUCUCUAUUUGUGGAGCUUAGAUUCUUCCAGAAAGACUGCACAAGUACAAUCACAGGAGUCAGCUGGAAUGCUUCAUUACUUAUCUGGUGGAGCAUGGGAUCCACAUGAUGUGAAUUCUGUUGCAUUGACAUGUGAAUCAUCAAUCCAAUUUUGGGAUCUAAGGACAAUGAAGAAAGAAAAUUCAAUUGAACACACCCAUGUUCAUAAUGUAGAUUAUGACACCAAAAGGAAGAAUAUACUUGUAACUGCAGAGGAUGAAUCAGGGAUACACGUAUGGGAUCUUAGAAUGCCAAAUGUUCCAAUCCUAGAGCUCCCUGGACAUGCACACUGGACAUGGGCUGUCAGAUGUAAUCCCGAGUAUGAUGGGCUAAUUCUGACUGCUGGAACAGACUCAACCGUCAACGUAUGGUUAACUUCUCCUCCAAGCAGUGAUGAUAUAACAUAUGAAAGCCUGGUGAAGUCACCUACAAGGCUGGCAGAUCCAUUGCUCAAUUCAUACAGUGACUAUGAAGACAGUGUUUAUGGCCUUUCCUGGAGCUCUCGAGAGCCUUGGAUUUUCGCAUCAUUGUCUUAUGAUGGGAGGGUGGUUGUAGAAACAAUAAAGCCGCAUCUCCCUAAAAGAUGAAGUCAAACCAUGUGAUUGGUAGCAUUACUUCCCCCUUUGCAAACUGUAUCCUUGACACACCUUUACGCUUUUUGCUGUUAUGGCCUCUCUCCUAUGCUGACAUGGGGUUAAUGGUUGGAAAUGCAUAUUGCACUAAAUCUGGUAUGAGAAUUUUCCCAUUCAUAUGAAAGAUUCUCAUCGUUGUAUGAGAGUUUUGCAAUGUUUUGGGAUGUGUUUGUGGCCCGUGUGCCAUUUAGGCAAUUCGAAUUGACUUUUAAAGUACGUGUGGCACGUGGACUUUGAACAUUGUAUUUAAUCAAUAUGAACAUGUCCUCACAUCUUUGUAAAAAUUAAGAGGGAAAUAAUUAUUUGUGGUCUUGGUAAACUGUCCGGUUAAAUGUCAUGCUUUUGGAUAAUAAAUUGCUAAAGGUGAGCCAUUGUGAUUAGGAGUCCAUUUGUUCUGUUUUGACAAUAAGGAACAAUGAUUUUGCUAGGAAAAAAAAAGGGGGUUGUGUAAAAGAACGGAUAAGAUGUAGGUGGACAAAGCGAAGCUUCCUUGCUUUUAAUCUUAUACUUCAGCUCUUGAUGCUUC